AUGGCGACACGGGCCGUCCGGGCGUUGUGGGGAGGCCGCCGCCUCCUCCGGUACAUGAUGGCCCGCCAGCCCUGCAACUUCCCCAGGGCCAUCUCUGCCCUGCGGGCGGUGACCGGUCCACCGGAAAGAAAACGCCGGGAGAAUCCCGUGCCCGCCGGUUCCCCCCUUUCCCGACUGCCCUUCAGCACCAGCUCUUCCAACUACGUUCCUGCAGUCACCCAGCACGCCCCGUAUUUUAAAGGUACAGCCGUGGUCGAUGGAGAGUUCAAAGAGCUGACUCUCGAUGACUUUAAGGGGAAGUACCUGGUGCUUUUCUUCUACCCUUUGGAUUUUACUUUUGUAUGCCCAACGGAAAUCAUUGCUUUCAGCGACAAAGCUAAUGAAUUUCACGACGUGAAUUGUGAAGUUGUGGCCGUUUCGGUAGAUUCUCACUUUUGUCAUCUUGCCUGGAUUAAUACACCAAGAAAGAGCGGUGGUUUAGGCCACAUGAAUAUUGCAGUUAUGUCAGAUUUAACAAAGCAAAUUUCCCGAGACUAUGGGGUGCUGUUAGAAGGACCUGGUCUUGCUCUAAGAGGACUGUUCAUAAUUGAUCCUAAUGGUGUCAUCAAGCACCUGAGCAUCAAUGACCUCCCUGUGGGCCGAAGCGUAGAAGAGACGCUUCGUUUAGUGAAGGCGUUCCAGUACGUGGAGACGCACGGAGAGGUCUGCCCGGCGAACUGGACCCCAGACUCUCCUACGAUCAAGCCAAAUCCAGAAGCAUCUAAAGAGUACUUUGAGAAAGUGAACCAAUAAAUUAUCUAAUAUCAAAAAUGAAGAACCCGCGGUUUCGGCUGCUGAGAAACCUCAGUUUCGAAUCUGCCUUAGCGUCUAAGAAGAUUUAUUUGUAUAAGUGCAAAACAAAAGUUAAUUCUUGGAUCCCAGAACUGUAGAAAUCACUGAAUGCUGAAAUAGGCAAGAACCAUUUUAAUGGAUUGUUGCAGUGCGUUUGCGUUGGUGGGAGGAGGUCUCUGAUCUUGACUCCUGGGUAUGGCGUGCAAAGUACAUUUUUAAAUAUUUUUCCUUUUUUUUACCAUCUAUAAACGUCCUUAGAAGGCAGGGAGCACACCAGAAGCGCAUUGCUCUUGUUCAAGAAAGGGAAUCAUAAGGAAACAGGUUGGCAAGGUUUGGGACCUAAGGCAUGAGUGAAAUAGAUGCAUAACAGCAUUUCCUUUUUUUUCUUCUAGGAUUUCUGUUGCAAGUGAUUGAAACUUAUUUUCUUUUGGAAAGCGGGUUUGCGAACCAAGAUUGCGAUUUAGGGUUAAUUGAAUCCCUUGACAUAAAAGAAACUAAACCCGAAGUACGUGGGUUCAGAAACAAUUUAAUACGGUAAUCAUGUGCAGUACUCAAAAAUUUUAUUAAUGUAGGUUUACCUCUGAAUAUUGUGUAAUUGAACGUAGUAAUGGCAUAUGCUUAAUGAGGACACGCGGGAUUUACUGGGAAUGCAUUUCCCUUAGAUUUACCGUGUAUAUUAUAUGAUCAAAAAUAAACAUGAAUUAAAAAAAAA